GACAAUUAGGUUCUACCAUUCUUGUUAGUACUAAUAUCUUUUUAGAAUUAAUUUUAAACCAACUGUGUGUCACUUGUUAUGAUAUAAAUCCUUCAAAUCGUAAAACUAAGAUUAGAACUGAUAGAUUAGGAAUUUGUAUUACUAGUAUUUGUAUGGUGUGUUCUGAUGAAUCUAAAUAUUCUAAUGAAAGACCAAGAGACAAUUUUUCUAAAUGUUUAGCAGGUGCUGGUUUGGUUGGAAGUGUUAAUAGAGAAGAAUUAUGA